UACAGUGGGAGAGCGUAACGUAGUAGGAAAAAACGUACAGAAAACCGCAGUCACCUAAAAAGACAAGGCCAAAAAUGCAAAAGAAGCACUCCCGUUCGCUAAAAUUUGCAAAUGAUGUAACCAUUCCUCUUCAGGUGAACUAACCAUCAAAUUCUUACAGUGGAUAAUGCUGAUAAAAGUGCAUGUAAAGAAACAAAGAUAAAAAAGAACUAGAUAAAAAAGGAAUUAAGAGAAGAAACAAGAAUUUUCUUUCGCUAUGAACCUCAAGGGCGUCCUAUUUUUGACACAGCUGCUGGCUAUGCUGGGAACUCUCCUGGCACGAGUGGCACUAGACUUCACCAACAUCACUGCCCCGGAGCACGUGAGAGCACUAGAGGAGUUUACCAUCACUGCCUUCCUCGCCGUCCCUUCUACCUCCACUUUCCACCUCAAGAUGAACCAGUACGCCAUGCAGGGAAUGCCUCACUUAGUAAACAGUUCGAAGCUUCGGUCGGGUUUGUCUGGAGGGUCUGAAGUCUCGAUGUUCAACUUGAUCACGGACCGGCAGGAUCUGAUCUUCCCCCCCAUCAACGAGAAAGAACUGAGAGCCAAACUGUCUUCGCUGGACGAGGAACAAUUCGAGUUGAUGAAGCUAGUGUUCAGCGGAAACUACACCGACACUUUUACCAUCGCUCCGUCAGAAAGCGACUUCGAAAAGUCACUACAAGUCAUGUAUGCGCUGAGGACACGCUGGUCGACCGAUCCCACCCCGGACCCUAAGGUGGACCCCCUGGAGCUGGAGGAAGUGCCCAAAGAAGUGGAGCAGAACCUGGAGGCGAUGACGGAGGGCGAGGCCACUGCUCCGCUGGACAAGUUGUCGGUCGUCCUUUACAUCACGCAGAAAUUUGAUUCCCUUGGACUCAUGGUCGUAGAUCACGUUUUCUCCGCUGCUGAGUAUAUAGUUUGGUACGACCAGCCGCUGCAGGGCGUGAAUAUCAUCGGCAUUUUAGCCGGCGAGACCUGGGGCACGGCUGACGACAAACCGAUCAUCCUCGGGGCACACAUGGACACGGUGCCCGGGACUCCUGGCUUCGACGACAACGGGUCCGGCUUGGCUGCUCUUGUGGAGGCGGCCCGGGUCCUCGCCACGAGCGGCUGUUCCUUCCGCCACUCCGUCUUCUUCGUCGCCUUCGAUCAUGAGGAGAUCGGCACCCAGGGUUCUACGAUGUUCGUGAAGGAUUAUCUCACCGGGAGUAUCAUGGACAAAUUCGGGAUCACGGAAAUCACAGGCGCUUUCGUUGUAGAUUGCAUCGCCAACUGGGAUCCAACACCAGGCAGUCAAGAUUUCCCGCCAACAUGGGCUGCCUACCUUCCCGACAACGCGCGUAGCAUCGAGAGCCACAACUACACGGGGGAUUUUGCUGGAAUCCUUUACCGAUCCCAGGUCGAUGGUCGGUUAGCUUACACGUUGUCACGUUAUUACAACGACCUCGGCCACGACCAUUAUCGUCUGGAGAUGAUGGGCCUGCAGGAGCUGGGCGCUGAAAUGCCCAACGCGACGAUUCUCAAAAACCACUUCGACUUCAUACGCUCCGACCACGUCCGCUUCUGGUACCUGAACGACACAAACGACUCGCCGUCCAUGCCUGCCGUGCUUAUUACCGACAUGGGUCCUUAUCGCGGACGCAUGAGACAGUGUUACCAUCUUGCGUGUGAUGACGCAGAGACAGGCUUCAGUAACGUGGGUCUCGUUACGAAGGUCACACAAGCAUUGGUCUGGACUAUCGCCGACCUUGCUAUCGGGAGAUGCGGUCCUCGCGGAAGACUGUCUGUGCCCACGCUUUUCGCACUCAUGGGCAGCACACCCAGGCAGGAUUUGGACCAGAAAAUGCCCAUCGCCUCCAUCCAGGACGCCAUGGAGAUUCUGCACUUCCUAGGUCUCCUCCCACCAGUGGAUACACAGCCCACGUGAUAACAACCGCGUUCUGCUUUGCCCCACUUCCCACUGGCUACUUGUUUGUAUAUAUAAUUGUCCAGUAUACUAUUUUUUAAAACUCGAUCAGGGAAUUUAAAAGGUUGCAAGAGUGAGAAAGCGUCCAGGUGCAAGUUACUGCCUUGUGUAGAGUAAGGUAUAUACAAUUAUUUAUAGUAAAUAUAUGAGCGUACUGCUUAGAUAUUUAAGUAUACAGAUCUAAGUUUCACAACGACACUGACCUUGGCACUUAAUUAGAAUAUAUUCAAACGAAUUCUGACUAAGUUACCAGACCUUGUAUCUUAAUAAUAGUUAAAUGAAAGAUCACUGUAUUAACCAUGGUAACUACUUACAUGGAUGACAAGGUUCAUUUGAAAAUUAAUCGUGUAACUGAAGUCCAGUCUAAAAACAUAAAAAGUUAGCUGCAUUCCAACAUAAUUCAUGAAACUAUUACUUUUCCCUCAGUGCAUGUAAUGCCUGUGUAAUAUAUGGCUAGUGAAGUUAUAUUAAUAGGAAAUAAGGAUCUGCAGCAGAUGAACUCUUGUUCUGAACAUUCACAAUGCAAACCUUUCCUUUCAUGUUCCAAAGAGGAUUUUUACAAUUGUUAUUAUAGGAUAUACCUGCUGGACAGGAUUUUAGAAUUAUGAAUACAUAUAUUGUGUGUAUGUUUACAUAAAUACUAUUCAUACAAUCAAGCACUGCACACCACCCAUACCAAUGCACAAAGUUUUCUGACUGUAAAUGGUGAGAAAAGUAUAUAAAAAUAGUAACUUAACAUGAGCAUAAUUCAGUGUAUAGCUUUUUAUUAAUUUUCAUUGUGAAUACACAGCAUUUAUCACGUACACAAUUUUUUUUUUUUUAAGUUGAGCAAUCCACUCAUUUUGUGAAUUUAUUCUUGCAUACUUUCCUCAUCAAACAGGCAGAAAAGGAAAAAAAAAAGUGAAGUGGCACGAAUGAGAGAAUAUGAUUCCAUAAUGCAAGAUGUGAUGUUUUAAUACAACAUUUCACAAGUAUUUUACAUAUUUCUAAUGAAGUUAUAUAGCAGAAUUAAUAAUAUAUGCAAUGUGGAAUUAAUCCUUUUCAGUCAUACUCUUUCUACAUUUGCUUUAAGAUUCAUAAAAUUUCAAAAAAUUCACUGAUGUUAAAAGCAUGGAGCAGAAAGAGUACAAAUGAUUAAAUGAAACACACACAAAUUAUGUUACUUUAUUACAUGAUGUUUUACAAUAAAUAGUCAAUCAAUACAAUUUUCUGUGUUUUCCAUGUAGAACUUUUAUUUGAUUACAGCACCAGAUCACAUCCUAAAAAAAUUGCAGCAGACAAUCUUUGACACUGAAGAGAUAUCUUUGACACUGAGGAGAUGAACAGUGUAAAAAUGGCAAC